AUGUCCCAGCCCAACAAGACGCUGUACAUAAAGAACCUGAACGAUCAGGUCAAAAAGGAUGAGCUCAAGUCCCAGUUGUACGCGCUCUUCACGCCCUAUGGCCGGAUUGUCGAUGUCGUCGCCAUUAAGAAUCCCAAGAUGCGCGGACAGGCGUUUGUAGUAUUCCAGGAUCUCGCAGGCGCUACGGCCGCAAUGCGCGCAUGGGACGGCGAGCUAUUUUACGACAAGGAAAUGAAAAUCGAGUACGCCAAGACGCGGAGCCACGCAACUCGCAGGAUCGAGGAGCCCGGCUGGGACCCAUUAGCCGAGGCCAAAGCCAAAGCACUCGGACUGGGCUCGCGCUUGAAGAAGGAAGCAGGCAGGGAGACGAACUCGUCGGUGCCUAGUACCUAUUCGGCGGUGACGAUAUCGUCUCGACUGUUGUGCACGAAUAUACCGGCCGAGACGUCGCAAGAGAUAUUGCAAAAGCUGUUCCAGCAGUACCCCGGGUUCCAGUCUUUGGUGCUCACGCCUCCAGGGCAAGCCAAAUCGGCGCAGGUGCAAUUUGAACAACCGGACCAGGCUAAAGUGGCUAGAGAGGGACUGCAUGGGCAUGCGUUGAAGACGGAUUGGGCAAUGAGCGUGCCGAGACCGAGCAGAUCCCAGGAUGAUAGUGGUGAAUUGGACCGACCGAGCCGACAGGAUUCGCCGACGAGACGUUCCAAUUCUCAGUCCCAGUCCCAGUCCCAGUCCUUGACCUUGUCACCCACCACCUCUGCUCCCGAGCCCACACCCACCGACACGCCCCAGCGCCGCAGAUUUAUUUUCAUUCGUUUAAUUCUUGGCAUAUGGACUGGACUGGGUACACUCUGGUCCCUGCUCCCUGUCGCAUGGAAACGCGUGAGACACAACUUUGGACUGAUUGCUCUGGGUUCAGACGACGAUGAUGAAGAGGGAGAACAGCCAGAAGAGGACGAAGGAGAGGACGAUCCACUUGUUGCCCGGGCUGCCCCCACCACGCCUGCUGUCUCACCGCAGCGAAUAUCAUUCGGUUUGAGCACAGUCAGCAGACGGACGAACAGAUCGACGUAUGCCAAACCCCUUACCCCUGCUGUAUCCGAACGACCCCUCGACGACGACGAUCAUCCGCUAUCGACCACUUUGCCGACUACUCAUGAGAUUAUUCUACCAAGCAGACCCCGAGCAGCAAGCACGCUCUUGCCCAACCCACUCUCCACCUCGCUCCUCACCCCUUCCGCCUCGGCCCUCCCCUCCCGCGCCCCGACUCCCCCCGUGCGCCGACAGACAGCGCUCCACAAGACCAAGACCCUCGUUCUCGACUUGGACGAAACACUUAUCCACUCCACCUCUAGGCCUAUGCACGCCCACGGUUCCAUGGGCGGCGGCGGCCUCCUCGGGCUUUCCGGCCUCUUUGGCGGCAAGCGCCAGGGCGGCGGACACAUGAUCGAGGUUGUCCUAGGCGGCAGGAGUACGCUGUAUCAUGUCUACAAGCGUCCAUUUGUCGAUUUCUUUCUGCGCAAGGUUUCGUCGUGGUAUACACUUGUUAUUUUUACCGCGUCCAUGCCAGAGUAUGCGGAUCCGGUUAUAGAUUGGCUGGAUGCCGGACGGGGAAUGUUUUCAAGGCGCUUUUUCCGUGAAUCAUGUACGCACCUCCCAAACGGAGGCUACAGCAAAGACCUAUCUAUCAUAGACCAAGACCUCAGCCGUGUCUGUCUAAUCGACAACUCCCCGGCGAGCUAUAGCAUUAAUAACGCCAAUGGCAUCCCAAUCGAAGGCUGGAUAUCAGACCCAGGGGACGAAGCGCUUCUCGACCUCUUGCCUGUCCUUGACUCGCUCCGAUUCACGUCAGACGUCAGACAUGUGCUCGGUCUGCGCGGGUUCUAG